AUGUAUAUCCACCUAACACACUGGGAUUGGAACACCGGUGCCAUUGGUAUCCGCAGCUCUAGUGUUCGUGAAGCCAAAAGCUUGCUUCAACGUACAAAGGCGUUGGAAAAGUCGUUAGCCACACGCCAGACACAUUUACACAAUUUAGAAGCAAUGCAACUUCAAAUUGAUUCCGCAUCGGACAACCAAAGCGUGUUACGUGCAUUGGCCGAUUCAGGGCGCGCGCUUCAACAAACCACCGGUGGCUCUGAAGGUCUGGCCAAAAUUGAGGACACAAUGCACGAUAUCGCGGAUACAGUCCAAGAUACAAAUGAAGUUUCCGAUAUGAUGUCAAGUUUCGGUCGCACAAGUUUUGUCACGGAUGAGGAUGAGCUAGAAAAUGAAUUGAAAGAUCUCUUGACUCCGGAACCGGAAAGCAACAAACCAAAACCGGCAACCAAAACUCCUGCUCAGAUAGCAGAUGAAGAGCUAGAGGCUGAGCUUGCAUCCCUGAAUGACUAUCGAUUGCGUAAAGCAGUUCCACCGAUCGAACUCGAUGACCAGCACAUAAUGUGGAGAAUUCACGUUCAUGCUUUUCCCGGAUCCCUCUGA